AGGAGGAAGAGGAGAUGAUGGAGACGGUGGCGGAGCCGGGCGGGCAGUGCUGCCUGCGGCCCUUCUCCUGCGAGCAGGGGCUGCUCUCGCGGCCCGACGGCUCGGCCGCCUUCCUGCAGGGUGACACCUCAGUCCUGGCCGGGCUCUACGGCCCCGCUGAGGCGAAGCUCAGCAAGGAGCUGCCGGACCGGGCGGCGCUGGAGGUGCUGCUGCGCCCCAAGGUGGGGCUGCCAGGGGUGCUGGAGCGGAGCCGGGAGCAGCAGCUGCGCCAGACGUGUGAGGCCGUGGUGCUGGGCGUGCUGCACCCGCGCACGGCCAUCACCCUGGUGCUGCAGGUGCUCAGCGAUGCUGGAUCGCGAAUGGAGUUCACUGGUGGGGGCCUGAUCCUGUGA